AUGGAGCCUCCAGUGACUAGGCGUCAAUCUGUCCGUAGAUGUUUGUUUGGGAAACCGAAUAAGCAGAAGGUUGAUGAAUGGUUAACGAAUGAACUUAGUCAAAUUAAUAAAGAGAAGUCAGAGAAAUGGAGUUUUGAUUUCGUGGCUGGUAGGCCUUUCGAAGAUGGAGAGAUUGAGUUUGAAAAGUUGAGGGCUGCUGAGGUUCCAUCUGUAUAUCGCCCGAGUAAAAGAUGUCCAAGGGUACGCCUGGAUGUUGCUUCAACUUCUAAAGAGCCUUCGGGUCCUAAGACUAGAUCUUUCUCGAGGAGAGAACUUGCUAACGAUUCGACGCCUCAAAAGGAAUGCAACCUGAAACAGGCCAAACUAACAAAUUACCUUACCGUGAGGAAGCGAAGAUCUUUGGACGCUAUACAAAAGAAGUCGCAGUCGGAAAUGAAGAAUAAAAGAGUUGAUCCCCCAGGGAGCCCGUUCAGAUUUGUUUCUAAAGAUGAUGAAUCUGCGUUCGAGUGUUCGAGUUCUGUAACCUCACCUAGGAAGAGUCCUAUCAAGAGAAGGAAUGGACGCUCCUUAGUUUUAAAUGGAGUUAUUCAAACUAAGCGGAUGUGA